AGCGCUAAGACAAGGCUCCAGCGGCCGCUGCCACACAGGGGGGUGGACUGUGGCGGUGGGAAUGUAAUGUUAACCCUCCAGACGGCGGGCAGACUCGUUUCCAGUCGAGUAAGAACGUCCGAACAGCUUUAUUUUACGUUUUUGUCUGUAAGACACUUUUUGUUUCACCAUGUGAAGCUGAAUAAAAGAAGCGCGAGACGCGCUGGGAGCCUAACGGACGAACCUUAACGUACCUGCUAAGUUGGCUAACCGAAGGCUAUAAAGAAGAAGAAAAACCCGAAUGCUCGGAAUUGUCCUUGUUUUUGUCCUUUAACGACACCGAGACGUUUGAAAGAUGUCGACUGGACAGGACGAGAGCUCCGUGCGAGUGGCUUUGAGGAUUCGUCCACAACUGGCAAAGGAGAAAAUUGAGGGAUGUCACAUUUGCACAUUCGUCACCCCUGGAGAACCCCAGGUGGUUCUGGGAAAGGACAAGGCCUUCACAUAUGACUAUGUGUUUGACAUGGACUCCCAGCAGGAUGCCAUCUACAGCAACUGCACUGAGAAGCUCAUUGAAGGCUGCUUUGAAGGCUACAAUGCCACUAUCUUUGCUUAUGGCCAGACUGGCUCAGGAAAAACAUACACCAUGGGCACAGGUUUUGAUGUAACCAUCAGCGAGGAGGAGCUUGGGAUCAUUCCACGGGCUGUCAGUCAUCUCUUUAGGGGCAUAGAAGAGAGACGGCAAGCCGCUAUAGAGCAAGGGCGUCCUGUACCUGAGUUCAAGAUCAAUGCCCAGUUUUUGGAGUUGUACAACGAGGAGGUGCUGGACCUGUUUGACACUACACGAGAUGUAGAAGCCAGAAAGCAGAAAUCUAAUAUUAAGAUCCAUGAGGACGCCACAGGAGGGAUCUAUACAGUGGGGGUCACCACACGCACAGUCACCUCUGAGGCUGAGAUGAUGCAGUGUCUGAAGCUGGGUGCUUUGUCCCGCACUACUGCCAGCACUCAGAUGAACGUCCAGAGCUCACGCUCACAUGCCAUCUUCACCAUCCACCUGUGCCAAGUCAGAGUUUGCGCCUCUAACAAUAAUGUUGAGACAGACAACAGACUGGCCAACGGCUCCUCCGAGAUGAACGAGUUUGAAACCCUUACUGCCAAGUUUCACUUUGUGGACUUGGCUGGUUCAGAGCGACUGAAGAGAACAGGGGCAACAGGGGACAGGGCUAAAGAGGGCAUCUCCAUCAACUGUGGACUGCUUGCUCUGGGUAAUGUUAUCAGCGCUCUGGGAGACAAGAGCAAGCGCUCAACGCAUGUGCCUUACCGUGACUCGAAGCUCACACGCCUCCUGCAGGACUCCUUGGGAGGGAACAGUCAGACAGUGAUGAUAGCCUGUAUCAGCCCCUCAGACAGGGACUUCAUGGAGACUCUGAACACUCUGAAGUACGCUAACCGGGCACGUAACAUCAAGAACAAGGUGGUGGUGAACCAGGAUCGGGCCAGCCAGCAGAUCAGUGCACUCAGGACAGAGAUAGCUCGGCUGCAGAUGGAGCUCAUGGAGUACAAGACCGGGAAGCGUAUGAUUGGGGAAGACGGCUUGGAGAGCAUAAACGACAUGGUCCAUGAGAACUCCAUGCUGCAGACUGAGAAUAAUAACCUGCGUGUGCGUGUUAAGGCCAUGCAGGAGACCAUCGAUGCCCAGAGAGCUCGACUCACCCAGUUACUGAGCGACCAAGCCAACCAGGUCCUCGCUAAAGCAGGUGAAGGGAAUGAGGAGAUUGGUAACAUGAUCCAAAACUACAUCAAAGAGAUUGAGGAGCUUAGGGCCAAGCUUCUAGAGAGUGAGGCUGUGAAUGAGAAUCUACGUAAGAGCCUCUCUCGUGCUUCCACACGCUCAUCACUGUAUGGCGGACCCACUUCUUUCUCCCCUGCAAUCCUCGCCCCAGAGAAGGAGGCCUCUGACAUUAUUCAGAUUGCGAAGAAGGACUUGGAGAAGCUGAAGAGGAAGGAGAGGAAAAAAAAGAAGAGACUGCAACAGAUGGCAGAAUGUGUCCAUGAGGACCCUGAGAAUGACAGUGUCAUCAAGGAAGAAGGCCCUGACAAUGACCAGUCCUCAGAUAGAACCAAUGAGGAGGCAGAGGGGGAAGCAAGUGAUCAUGAGGAGGGAGAUGACGGUGAGGGAGAGGCAGAGGACGAUGAGAUGGAGGCAGAAGAGAGCUCAGAUGAGUCUGAUUCAGAGCUGGAUGAAAAAGAAGACUUCCAGGCAGACCUUGCCAACAUUACGUGUGAGAUUGCCAUUAAGCAGAAGUUGAUUGAUGAGCUGGAGAACAGCCAGAGGCGUCUUCACACACUUAAGCAGCAGUAUGAGCAGAAACUGAUGAUGCUGCAGAGCAAGAUCCGAGACACACAGCUAGAGAGAGACCGUGUGCUGCACAACAUGGGCUCAGUGGAGUCGUGUACAGAGGAGAAGGCAAAGAAGAUCAAGGUGGAAUAUGAGAGGAAGCUGAGCUCUAUGAAUAAGGAGCUGCAGAAACUGCAGUCGGCUCAAAAGGAGCAUGCCCGCCUGCUCAAGAACCAGUCACAAUACGAGAAACAACUGAAAAAACUGCAACAGGAGGUCUCUGAGAUGAAGAAGACAAAGGUGGGGCUGAUGAAGCAAAUGAAGGAACAGCAGGAGAGGAACCGUGUCUCAGAAACCCGCCGCAACCGUGAAAUCGCCUCACUCAAAAAGGAUCAGCGCAAACAGGAGCACCAGCUGAGGCAACUGGAGGCACAGAAGAGACAGCAGGAGCUCAUCCUGCGCAGGAGAACAGAGGAGGUAACAGCUCUGAGACGGCAGGUACGGCCCACCUCAGGGAAAGUCAGUCGUAAGGUCAGUUUGCCUGAGCCUCUGCAUGAGCCUUCUACCCGCACUGGUCCUGCCAGGCCACAUACCACCGGGGCUGCUGCACCUAACGAAAACAGGAAGUACCAAAUGAGAACAGGAGGUGUGUCCACUAAGACAGCACGAGCCAAAUGGCAGUCGCUGGAGCGACGUAUUAGUGACAUCAUCAUGCAAAGGAUGACCAUUUCUAACAUGGAGGCAGAUAUGAACCGUCUCCUCAAGCAACGAGAGGAGCUGACCAAACGCAGGGAAAAGGUUUUGAGGAAGAGGGAUAAAAUUACAGCAGAGGGCACAGAUGCUGACAGGACCAUCAUGUCUCUCAGCGAGGAAAUGGAAUCUCUCACUGCCAACAUUGACUACAUAAACGAUAGCAUUGCUGACUGCCAGGCUAACAUAAUGCAGAUGGAAGAAGCUAAGGAGGAGGGCGAUGCAGUGGAUGUGUCUGCAGUGAUCAGCUCAUGCACUCUAUCAGAGGCCCGCUUCCUGCUUGACCAUUUCCUUUCUAUGGCCAUUAAUAAGGGCCUACAGGUGGCACAAAAGGAGUCUCAGAUCAAAGUGAUGGAGGGCCGUCUGAAGCAGACAGAGAUAAACAGCGCCACUCAGAACCAGCUGCUCUUCCACAUGCUGAAGGAGAAAGCUGAAGUUAACCCAGAGCUGGAUGCACUUCUGGGAAAUGCUCUGCAAGAGCUAGGUAACACACCAGCCGAGAAUGGUGAUGAAAGCAGCAGUGAUGAAUCUGAUCGAAGUCCUGCCACUGAGGGAGGCUCUUUGGCCUCAGAUCUGAUGAAGCUGUGUGGAGAGUCUAGACCCAGGAGUAAGGCCCGCAGAAGAACGACCACCCAGAUGGAGUUGCUUUAUGCCAACAGUGCUGACCCUGAUGCACCUCCAGAUGAGUUCUCCUCACCUCUGCUUCCUGUGAUUGAGAGCCCAGAGGGCAUUGGGGAUCUGGUGUCCCCCUCUGGUUUGGCAACAAGGACAAGCACUAUGUCUGGUGUCAGGUCUCCCACGUCAACAGAGAGGACAUCAGCAGAACGUUCCCCUCUAACUCGCAGGAGAAUGCAGGAAAGGAGUCAGACUCCCACGGACAAGCCCACCUGUCAGGAUGCCAAACAGAUGGAUGACUCUUUUGUGUUAGAGGCUCAAAGGGGAGUGAUCAAUCCAUUUGCAUCCCCAAAGGGCACUCGAGCAACCAGGCUACAGUGUGUGUACACAGCACAGGGACACACUAAAGCACUGAUGUGUGUCGACUCCACUGAUGAUCUACUCUUUACUGGCUCAAAGGACCGCACGUGUAAGGUGUGGAACCUGGUAACUGGGCAGGAAAUCAUGUCUCUGGGCGAUCACCUCAGCAGCGUGGUCUCCGUUAGGUACUGCUCCAGUUUGGUCUUCACUGUUUCCACUGCGUACAUCAAAGUAUGGGACAUCCGUGAUUCAGCCAAGUGCAUCCGUACACUCACAUCUUCUGGUCAGGUAUCUCAGGGUGAUAGCUGCGCUGCUAUGGGCAGCAGAGCGGUUGCCAUCCCUCCUGGAGAGAAUCAGAUCAACCAGAUCGCACUGAAUCCUUCUGGAACAUUUUUAUACGCUGCAUCGGGCAACUCAGUCAGAAUGUGGGAUCUGAGGAGGUUUGCUUCUACAGGGAAACUGACAGGUCACCUUGGACCAGUAAUGUGUCUGGCAGUGGAUCAGCUUGGGAACACUCAAGAUGUGGUCAUCACAGGCUCCAAAGACCACAACUUGAAGAUGUUUGAUGUGAUGGAGGGAGCUCAGGGGAGCAUCCCCUCUGCACAUAACUUUGAACCAGCCCAUAAAGAUGGAAUGGAGGCACUGAGCAUACUGGGAGAAUCACUGUAUAGUGCUGCCCGAGACCAUUGCAUCAAGAGAUGGGACUUGUCCAGCAAACAGCUGCAGCAGCAGCAUGUAGACAGAGCGCACUCUGAUUGGGUGAGUGCCCUGGCGGUGAUGCCAAGUUCCAGGGUGCUAUUGAGUGCAUGCAGAGGAGGACUGCUGAAGUUGUGGCAUUCAGACACACUCAGACCUCUAGGGGAGCUGAAGGGACACGACAGUGCCAUCAACAGCAUCUCCAUUAACAGCACUCAUCUCUUCACCGCCUCAGAAGACCAUACAGUGAGGAUCUGGCAGGUGAAAGGUUCUCUGGACGAUGGGCUCUAUUGAAAGAAGCACAGCACUGGAUGUUACUGGAUACAAUGUGUGUGACUUUAGAGACUAAAAGAACUCAGUUGCACAGCAGAAAGAAAGCUGAAGGUAGCUGAUGCUCUCUGUCAGCUAUUUUUCCCGUAAGAGAUUGCUAAAUUCCUCGCUCAAUGGAGUGUUUGUAUUUCUGCUCUGGCUGUUUCCUCCACCAAUAUGCAGCAUCACUCGUGUGGUGCUUCUGAGACUGAAAGAGCACAGUGCUCCUUGAUGAUCAAUGUCUCAAAGUGCCCUGCUCAUGAGGGCCUCCUGGAGUGCAGACAAAUGCUACUGCUACUGCUGAACGCAUGAGCAGAUGCUUAGGUCAUGUGCUUGUAGCGAACGAGGCUGGAAACCAAAGCUGGGCUUUCAGUUUUGUAAGCGCAGUGAAUCUGGCAACCGUAUAACCUCUGCACCUUGACUGAACAGGACCAAGAUGCUCUUAAAUUAUACAAGCGUUAUUGAUGUCAGUACUCUCCAAUGGUUGGUGACCAAAGUGCAAAACAUGUGUGUUCAUCUCAGCUGUGACCGUUCUCAGCAGCAAAAACAGCUUUGCCUCAGUGAACUUUACAGUUAACUCAAUUUCCUGUGGUAUAAAUACAAAUGCACCCAUGCGUUUCUGUUUGAGAAUCAGUGUCAUAUCUUCAGUAUUUGUGAUGUAUGUUAGUAUUACUGUCUGAUUUCUGAAGUGCAGAUCUUUAAAUGUAGGCACAAAUGCACAUGUUGUCUUUUUUCUUGGACAGCUUUGGGCUACAUGUUGUAGAAUACACUGUAAACUGGAACAACAUCUUAACCAUUUUAGUGCAAUGCUGUAUUCCAUUCCAGGUCAAUACAUUUCAAGUCUGAGUUGAUAA